AUGGAUCACGAGGAAGAGUUUCUAAAUACAUUUUUCACUCAAGUGACUCAACUUUGCUUCGACAAGGCAAAGGAGUCAGUGGAAAAAGAGAGGGAAUCAUGUCGUUUGUUACAAAUGGGACCUUGGGGAAUGCUUUUACUGCAUCUUCCCCAAGUAGCAGUUGCAGAGCGCUCUUAUACUGAUUUAGGUUUUCUUCAUACAAAAAACAAAGGCUUCCUUAGAAAAGAUAAUUCCUUGAAAACUAUGUAUGAAGCCUUGAGAGCUGAUCUACGUAGAUUAGAAGAAAUGACCAGUGGUACAAAUGCUGUGGGUGCGACAGUGGCUGAAGUCUCAAGCCAACUUUGUCAAUUCAUAGCAGCAAGAAUACAACUCAUAGAUUUCUAUGAAAAAAUGUACAAUAUGAGCAUUAACAGUAAGGUAAUGAGGCACCAGGACUUACUACAAUCAAUUGAAGCGAUUGUAGAGACACAUUCCUUAUCAUGUUCUCAUUUGGCACUUACUGCAAUCAAAGCUGCUUUAACGCUGGAAUGUGAAAUACUAGUGCAGCUUAUAAAAGCACACGUGGAAGUACAAAAUUGGAGAUUUCUGCCAUCACUCAUGGCUCUUUACGGAGCACAAACUAGAAUGUCAGCUUGGGAACGAACUUUACAAAGCAGAGAAUCAUGGAAGAGAGGAUUUGGCGCUACAUUCUUAAAAGCUAACCAACAACCAGCACUCUAUCAAUGGCUUGUAAAAUUACGCAGUGCCAUUUUAGCAAAAUGUUCAUUAUACUUUCAUACGACACUAAGUCAACAAGCGAGCCCUGGCGAGAUGAGAAGUAUCAUGAGCAAACAAAAUGUUGACUAUUAUCAUAAAUUGCAAAGUUUCCAAAGAAAAUAUGACGUGAUAGCCGUCUUAAUAGUUUUUGACUCUAGAGGAGCAGAGAAUUCAGGUCCUGGGUAUAAACAUCCGAAAAGAGAACCUGACAUAUCUGAAAGCUUUUCAAUAGUAGUUAGCUGUCCUAGUAUGUUUAUGCAAAAACCAUCAGUUCACUGGGAUAAUAUUAGGAAGGGUAUAAAAGAACGCCAUGCAGAUCUUCUUGCUGUAGAUAAGAUUGUUUAUAAUAAGAGUUUAAAGGAUUUAUGUUCAUAUGCCAUGUAUAAUAUUGAUCCCAGAAUGACAUUAGUGACAGCAUUUGAAAGUAGUAAACAAAGGGACAAAGAAUCACACGUGACAAGCUUCAUGUCUGACUUAUGUAUGCAACUUAGGUGCAACAAGGUUUACGAAUGUUUAAAAUUAUCAAAAUGAAGCAAGCAAAAACAAAAAAAUUACUCGGAGGUAUUAUAAUCUGGUAAUCAAAAGACAUUCCUCAACCUGUAGGAUCAUAUAACAAAAAUAUAACACUCUGAGUAAAUAAUAUGUUACUAAUUCUAAAUAUAAACAUUCAAAAGUGUUAAUUGAACUUAAAAAGAAAUCAAAAUUAUGUCGAAUGUGAUUUUAGUUUUUGCUGAAGAAACAAAAGCAGGAUGUAAAUAUAUUUUUUUUAACUUAACAGAGCCAAGUACUUGCGAGUCAGAAUUAAAAAAUUUUAAACUGCAGUUGAGCUACAGUGUCAUACAUAAGUAAGUAGUUGCAUAAACUCAUCUGAAAUCACUUAAAUAUUUUGAUAAUUUAAGCUAGGAAAAAUCAAAUGGUCUUCGUUUCAAUUGCCAACAAUUCUGUGUAAUAUUGACAUUAUCAGCAUAAUGCAACUCACCACGCGGCCGGACAAAAAAUACGUGACAUCGUGCCGAGAAUACUCAUGCACUCGUAUAAAAGUGCCAUAUUGUAAUAAUGUAAAAUAAAUAUUUUUACACUUACCCAUCA